GCCGCUCUCUCUCUCUCCUUCUCCCAUCCUCACCGGGCAAGCGGCCACCGAUGACCGAUGGCGACGGCAAUGGCAAAGAAAAAGCUUUAAAAUCCGUUGGCCCUGGUAGGGAUUUACUCCUAGAAUAGUAGUACUACACUACUUGGCCACAGCCUUUGUUUGGUAGCGUUGGUCCUCAUUCAGCCACAACCUUAACCUGUGGUUGCUAGUCAUCUUUCCCUUCCUGCUCCCAUAAUUCCCCCAUACUCUGCCUUACUACAAAACAAUCAUUUAUCCAAUACACACCAAAUGCUCACUAACUUCUUCUGCCAAGGGAUUCACACCCCAGAAACAAAAGCAAAAAACUUCUACUAAGGGCCUUCUUCUUCUUCUUCUUCCCCUAGGCUUCAAGGUCAGUCUUCCCCUUCUCUCUUUCAGUUUCGCUUUGUGGGUACCUCAUUUGCUUGCUGAUUUUCUACCCUUAGUCUUCUUCCUGCUGGGAAUCUAUGUAAGCUGGCUUAACAUUCUGGAGAUUAGCACCAAUUCAACUCUGCAUUACUGGCCUAAUUGGAAUCAUGCUAACCAGUAAAUAUAGAUUGGUUCCAUAUUCUCAUAGUGGGACUGAUUGGCUUCUGCUUAAACUAAUCGUCCUUUCCUGGAAUUCAUUAAUUGUGCAAUCAGACUUGACAGUUGAGUCGUUUGGGUAGUACUGCGAGUAAAUUAGCUACUUCAACUAUCUGGGUUUCAUGAGCAUCAGUAAUUUCCAUGUUUAACUUUUCUGGGUGAUAUUCUGCUAAGAAGGAAACUUGGGUUCUCGACGGAAUCGAUUAUUUUGCUUGUGUUCUUCAAUUGUUGUUCAUCUUAGCUUUUGAGGCGGCAGAACAAGGCGAUAUGCUAGCUGCUGUCAUCUUAUUGCUGUCCUGACCUUUCCACAUGGAACUCAGUGCAAGCAAGGUCUCAAGCAGUGCAAUUGCAACCCAAAGCAGGACUACUCGUAUAUCACAUGACAUUAGCUCCAAGUCAAUGUUGCAUUGUAAACCCUAUCCUACCACAAUGCAACAAAUCAAUCUUCAGCAGAUAAGGAAUGCACGUAUCUCCAACUCAAGAAUCUUUUCGUCUGAAGAGAGGCUUUGGGGGACGCAUGAAAAAUCAAUCCAUGUCAUGGUCACUCAAAAAUCCUCUUUGCUAUGCCAAUCAAUGCGAACUCCAAGGGCUGAAGAAAAGGAACGCUGCCUGUCUUCUAAAGAUCGUUCCGACCUUUCCAAUGCGAGAAUUGGAGAAGAGGAACAACGUACAACUAUGGCUGGGAGAAGUAUCCAUUCAAAUCCAGGCCUAGCUGAAGCUUGUAAAUUUGUGCAAAAUGAUGCUAGAUAUGUAAACGAAAGGGCUCGUAAUGACAUCGUGUUGCUUUCACGGAGCAUAUUGAGCUUGGAUGCCCGAGCACGGAAAGAUGUUGCUAUUCUUGGAUCUGAGUUUCUCAAACUGGAUGCUCGGGCAAGGGAGGAUACUAAGAAAAUUGACAGUGGUGUGAAAAUGAAAGCAGAGCGUCUUCACCACAUCACAAGUAUCUUAAAGGACAGAGCUCAGUCCAGAUUGGAACGAGCUGCCACUAAGCACUGGAGUGAUGGUGCUCUAAAGAAUGAUCUGCGUCGAGCUGACUUUCGUGCGAAGCAGCGUGCCAUGGAAGAUGCCCUAAUGGCAUUGGAGUUUGUGCAAAACAUACAUGACCUAAUGGUUUCAAAGAUGCACAAACUUUCUUUGAGCAAGCAGAUAGGUCCAGUGGCUGAUGAUGAGACAAUGGAAUUUAUUACACUUGAGAAAAAUGGAAGUACAUCCGAUAUUUUCCCUGGAGAAGUAUCUUCUGAUCGUAUUGCUGCAAUACAGGAUGCUUACUUUAGCAUGGCGUCUGCACUCUCUGAAGCCGAUGGCAUAGACUACACUGAUCCUGAAGAGCUAGAACUUCUGAUCACUACCCUCAUUGAUCUUGAUGCCAUGGAUGGUAAAACUAGUGUGUCACUGUUAGCAGAAUGUUCAAGCUCCCCUGAUGCAGAAACUAGACGAGCAUUAGCCAAUGCAUUAGCAGCAGCUCCAUCGAUGUGGGCAUUGGGGAAUGCAGGGAUGGGAGCAUUGCAGAGACUGGCCGAAGAUAGAAACCCGGCAAUUGCAGCUGCAGCAUCUAAUGCAAUAUAUGAACUGAAAAAACAGUGGGAAAUAGAGGAAGGAGAUAAUUGGAGGUUUAUGGUGAACCUAAAACCUGCAGAUGCUGAUGAAGUAGAUAGCCAAGAAGACGAUCACGACAGCAAAAAUGCAGGCUGAUACACAAGGGUGCAUAACUGUUGAUAUCUUAGACAUAGGGUAAGACUAAACCUUAGGUUACCGCAGCUCUUCAUUGUCUCUAUUCCUUUGGCCUUCUACAUCUUCAUAGUAUAGCCGUUCAGGGACGGCCAAAGAAAUAGCACCAUGAAGAGAGAGAUGAUGACAAUGAAGGGAGGUGAAAAUCUGGAAACUCCCAUCUGUCUUCUCACUGUGGAAAAGCUGGUAUUUGGUUCAUGAUGUAUCCUCCAUAGUGGGAAAUUGGAUAAGAUAUGUAUCGAACGUCUGUGUCCCGUCUACGAACAAGUUGGCCGUCCAUUCUACUCGUAGCAAGCAGAAAAUUUGGGAUGAACAUAAACUCUAUUAAGAAAAAAACUGUAAUCCUUCCUAUGUGCUGUGGUUGGUGGGUCACACUCGCACCAACAGUUUGUACGGGUGUAGAAAGAAUUAAGUCUAAAUCUUACUAAAUACUAACCAUUAACCAUUAAAUAAUUGCAUAACCAAAUCGUCCAAAUAAAUAAAACAAUCAAAUUAAAUUUUAA